AUGGACCUCCUCACGGAGGGCCCUCCCCCAUAUCAGGAGCCAGCUCCACGGCCUCCGAAUGAGGCUGACUCAACUGAAAGAAAAGAAGAACAAGCAGCGCCGGCCUCUGCUGGUCCUUCUCCGAUGGCCACACGCCUGAGGGGACGAAGGGACCAGCUGCAUGCAGCGGAUACAACAUCCUCACAGGCAUUCCCUCUUCGCACGGGAAUGAACGGCCAACUGCAGUACUGGCCAUUCUCCUCCUCAGACCUCUACAACUGGAAAAAUAAUAACCCUCCUUUUUCUGAGGACCCCUCUAGGUUGACUGCUCUGAUUGAAUCUACUUUUAUUACCCAUCAGCCUACAUGGGACGACUGCCAACAGCUGCUGUAGGCCCUGCUGACUUCGGAGGAACGGCAGAGGGUCCUCCUGGAAGCCCGGAAGGAAGUCCGGGGACCUGAUGGCCGCUCCACCCAAUUGCCUAAUGAAAUAGAUUCUGCCUUUCCCCUUGAACGCCCCUCUUGGGAUUUCACCACGGUGGAAGGUAGGAAUCACCUAGCCCUCUAUCGCCAGUUGCUCAUAGCGGGUCUCCACAGGGCGGCUCGACGCCCAACGAAUUUGGCUCAGGUAAAGCAGGUUAUACAGGGGUCAGAGGAAACUCCCUCUGCGUUCCUUGAGAGGCUCAAAGAGGCUUACCGCAGAUAUACUCCCUAUGACCCUGACGACCCCGGACAGGAGACCAAUAUCUCCAUGUCUUUUAUUUGGCAGUCAGCUCCAGAUAUCAGACGCAAGCUGGAGCGUCUAGAGAACCUCAGGGAAAGCUCACUCAGGGAUCUGCUAAAGGAAGCAGAAAAGAUUUUCAAUAAGAGGGAGACUCAGGAAGAGAGGGAGGACCGCCUCAGGAGAGAAGCAGAGGAACGAGAGGACCGCUUCAGAAAAGAAGCCGAGGAAAGGGAAAAAGAGAGGGACCGCAAGAGACAUAAGGAAAUGAGUAAACUUUUGGCCACCGUAGUGUCAGGACAAAGACAGGAUAGACAGGAGGGAGACAAAAGAAGGCCACCCCUUGACAAGGACCAAUGCACCUACUGUAAAGAAAAGGGACAUUGGGCAAGGGAUUGUCCCAAGAACCCGAGGGGACCCAGGAGACCAAGACCUUCUCAGACCUCCCUCCUAGCUCUGGACGACUAGGGAGAUCAGGGCCAGGAGCCUCCCCCUGAGCCCAGGAUAACCUUAGAUGUUGGGGGGCAACCUGUCACCUUCCUAGUUGAUACCGGAGCUCAACAUUCGGUGCUAACCAGGGACCCUGGACCCCUGAGUGACAAGUCUGCCUGGGUCCAAGGGGCCACUGGUGGAAAACGAUACCGAUGGACCACAGAUCGCAAGCUUCACCUAGCAACCGGUAAGGUGACUCAUUCUUUCCUCCACAUGCCUGACUGUCCAUAUCCGCUCCUAGGAAGGGACUUGCUCACAAAAUUAAAAGCCCAAAUUUACUUCAAGGAAACCGGAGCACAGGUAGUUGGCCCUCAGGGACAACCCUUACAUGUGCUGACUCUCAGCCUAGAAGAUGAAUAUAGGCUGCAUGAAAAAGACAGUACAACUGCGGCCCCCACUGAGGCUUAUUGGCUGGAUCACUUUCCCCAGGCAUGGGCAGAAACGGGAAUGGGGCUGGCCAGACAGCAGCCCCCUCUAGUGGUAAGCCUCAAGACAACUGCUACUCCUGUCUCGAUUAAACAGUAUCCCAUGUCUCAUGAGGCAAGGGAAGGAAUAAGGCCUCACAUCAAAAGGCUUCUUGACCAGGGACUAUUAGUCCCCUGCCGGUCCCCUUGGAAUACCCCCUUGCUGCCCGUGAAAAAGCCAGGGACUGGGGACUAUAGAGCUGUGCAGGAUCUAAGAGAGGUCAAUAAACAGGUGGAAGACAUACACCCGACAGUUCCUAACCCCUACAAUCUGUUAAGUGGACUAUCACCCUCGUAUACUUGGUAUACCGUCCUGGACCUCAAGGAUGCAUUCUUCUGCCUGAGACUGCACCCCAGAAGUCAGCCCAUAUUUGCCUUUGAAUGGAAGGAUCCUAAACUGGGGAUUUCAGGACAGCUGACCUGGACCAGGUUGCCUCAGGGUUUCAAAAAUAGCCCCACCCUGUUUGAUGAGGCCCUACACCGAGACUUAGCGGAUUUCAGGGUGAGGCAUCCUGGCCUGAUACUGUUACAAUAUGUUGAUGAUCUCUUGUUAGCUGCUACUUCGGCUCAGGACUGUAUAAAAGGAACUGAGGCAUUACUACAAGCCUUGGGGGAUCUAGGGUACCGAGCUUCUGCCAAAAAGGCCCAAAUAUGCCAACGGCAGGUCACCUACCUAGGGUACCAAAUCAGAGAAGGACAGAGGUGGCUAACGGAGGCCAGGAAAGACACAGUUAUAAAAAUCCCUACACCCCGGACACCCCGCCAGCUGAGAGAGUUUCUAGGGACAGCGGGAUUCUGCCGGCUCUGGAUCCCCGGAUUCGCGGAACUGGCAGCCCCUUUGUACCCACUGACUAAGCAGGGGGUGAUGUACUCAUGGGGAUCGGAUCAGGACGAGGCUUUUCAGAAAAUCAAACGGGCUCUGCUCACAGCCCCAGCCUUAGGCCUCCCUGACCUGACUAAGCCUUUUGAUUUGUUUGUCGACGAGAAGCAAGGAUAUGCAAAAGGGGUCUUGACCCAGAGGCUGGGGCCCUGGCGGCGGCCAAUAGCCUACCUAUCCAAGAAAUUGGACCCCGUGGCCACAGGAUGGCCCCCAUGCCUCAGAAUGGUAGCAGCAGUGGCAGUCCUCACCAAGGACGCUGGCAAACUGACUAUGGGCCAACCUUUGACCAUCCUGGCCCCACACGCAAUUGAGACUUUAAUCAGACAACCCCCAGAUCGCUGGCUCUCCAAUGCCCGCAUGACCCAUUAUCAGGCCAUGCUCCUGGACUCGGACCGAAUCCAUUUCGGACCAGUGGUGGCGCUCAGUCCUGCAACCCUGCUACCACUCCCAGAGGAGGGGGAGACGGACCAACACGACUGUCUCGAGAUCCUUGCGGAAAUGCACGGGACCAGACCGGACCUGACGGAUCAACCCCUCCGGGAUGUGGAUGUCACCUGGUACACUGACGGCAGCAGCUUUCUGCGGGAAGGUGAGCGAAAGGCGGGUGCAGCGGUAACCACGGAGACCGAGGUGAUCUGGGCACAGCCUCUGCCUGCGGGGACUUCUGCGCAGCGAGCAGAGCUUGUCGCCUUGACACAAGCUUUGAGGAUGGCAGAAGCUCAUUUACAGGCACUCCAGAUCGUGCAGAGAGAGGUCUGGAAGCCACUUGCUGCAGCCUAUAAGGAACAAUUAGACAGACCAGCGGUACCUCACAGCUACCAGAUUGGCGAUACAGUUUGGGUCCGCAGACAUCAGACUAAGAAUCUGGAACCCCGCUGGAAAGGACCCUACACCGUGCUGCUAACCACUCCAACGGCACUGAAAGUUGAUGGCAUCGCGGCCUGGGUCCACGCCUCCCACGUAAAAGCAGCUCGUACGGAAGGAGAUACAGCAGAACCACUAUGGAGGGUCCAGCGCUCUCAAAACCCUCUAAAGAUAAGACUUACCCGGGGGCCCGAUUGA